AUGCUUGGCGCGUUAUGUGUGUCUAUUUUAAAACACGCGCCUAAAUGUGGUAGGAGGAUAAGAACAUCGCUCAUACCAGAUAAUUUAGUAAAACUUGGUAAUAUGUCGUAUCCAGCGGAACACCAUGGUGAAUUUACGUACAUUGCGUUUCCAGACAAACCGACGUAUCUGUCGAAGCUAAAUCUAAAUUGCACGAGACCGGACGAUUGUGCUACAGGCCUUAGUGAUGCUAGUGACAUUAUCAGCGGUGAUUGUGGAUACAAUACGAUCCUGGUGAUUCACCCUCAAGUGUCAGACGAAGACAGGCUGAUGAAAUACAUCAAGACUGGAAUAAUAUCACAAAGAGUAAUACGCGAUCUUCCCGAUUUUCCAGGUGGAUGUUCUCUUUGUUACACAUCCAGAUCUGAGGAUGUAGAACGAGGUCUGUGUGUGUACUUCAGGGAGGAAGGUGACGACAUCCUAUCAAAAAUUAAACGUGUCCUUAAAGAACAUAAGAUUAGUAACUAUUUUCGAUUCAUCAAUAACAGGAAAGGGCAACUUAAAAGAACUGAACAUGAUGUUUCAAACGAGGACAUUGUUGAUGAGUCAGAGUAUGGUGUGCUGGAAAGUCAGAAACAAUCUGCCUUUUUUUCUGUACCAGAAUUUACACCUGUUUUCCAUAAUUAUGCAAGAACCAGAUUUAUUCUGCAACAGACAGAUGAUGUUCCAGAGGUUGCAGAACUCUUGGCUAUUGCUGACCGUUUGGUUCCUCAGGACUUGAAUGUCCAGCAGCUUCAGGACAACAUGAAGCAUCCUUUCAUUGUGGUAGAAGGCAUGGAUGCCACAGGAAAGACAACUCUGACUAAGAUUCUAGGAGACAGACUAUCAGCAGUACGUCUUUACACACCUCCUCCACCAAUUGAAGAACUCCGUAAAGUCUUCGACCGUUUGCCAGAGCUAGUGCGUAGAGCAUAUUAUAGUAUUGGUAACUACAUUGUCGCCAUGGAGAUUUCUAAAGAAUGCAAGGAACAUGCAGUUAUCAUGGACAGAUAUUGGCACAGUACAGCAGCAUAUGGUAUCGCUAACGAGAGCAGCACAGGUGAUCAGCCUGAACGUGGUCAUCCAGUAUACCAAUGGCCAACUGAUCUUCUCAAACCAACAGCAGGACUCUUCCUGACUGUUGGAGAAGAGAUCCGAAAACAAAGACUCCAGGGACGUGGCAUAGAGAAAACAUUCGAGGAGCAAAGUCUGGACAAAGACCAGCUGUUCAGGCAAAGAUUGUGUGAUUCCUAUCGCCGAAUGGAGAAUCCGAGCCUUAUAGAAGUAGAUGCUAGUGGUACAGUUGAAGAUGUAGUAAAAAGUGCCAUAGAAAAACUUACAAACUGUGGAAUUCAUAUACCAAGCAAUAACACUGAAUGA